CUAUGCAUGCUAUGCGUUAAUCAGAGUUGGUGUCGUUGAUGAAAGAGACUUUUAGACGAGAAUUUGCACAUGGAUUAUUGACAAGUUUCCCGUAGUGAAACUUUUUGCAGUUUUAAGCCAUUUAAGGAUAAAGGGAGGAUUUUAUCUUCGCGCAAGUAUUAAUUAUUUAGCAAAACAUGGUACUAUCUUGUCGAUUUUACAAAGAAAAGUAUCCAGAAGUGGAGGAUGUGGUGAUGGUAAAUGUACGUAGUAUAGCUGAGAUGGGUGCAUACGUUCAUCUAUUGGAAUACAAUAAUAUUGAAGGCAUGAUCUUGCUCUCUGAGCUCUCUAGAAGACGUAUUAGGUCUAUCAACAAACUUAUCCGAGUAGGCAAAACUGAACCAGUUGUUGUUAUUCGUGUAGAUAAGGAAAAAGGUAACUGAAGAUAUUUUAUUGGUUCAAAUAAAAAAUCAACGUCUGCUGAGGAUGUGGAAAAAUGCACAGAGAGAUAUGCUAAGGCUAAAGCUGUUAAUUCAAUUUUAAGACACGUAGCAGAGUUGUUGCACUAUGAUAAUGAUGACCAGCUUGAGGAACUCUAUCAGAAAACAGCCUGGCACUUUGAAGAAAAAUACAAGAAACAGAAGGCAUCUGCUUAUGAUUUUUUCAAACAAUCAGUAUUGGAUCCCUCCAUUUUAGCAGAGUGUGGUUUGGACGAACAUACGAAAGAAGUGUUACUAAAUAAUAUUAAACGAAAACUUACUUCGCAAGCGGUUAAAAUUAGAGCAGAUGUAGAAGUGGCUUGUUAUGGUUAUGAAGGCAUUGAUGCUGUUAAGACUGCAUUAAAAGCAGGCUUAGCUCUUUCCACUGAUGAACUUCCUAUAAAAAUUAACUUAAUUGCUCCUCCAUUAUAUGUCAUGACGACAUCUACUCCAGAAAAACAGGAUGGUUUAAAGGCAUUAAGUGAUGCAAUCGAAGUCAUACAGAAUAAAAUAAUGUCACUUGGAGGUGUAUUCAACGUACAAAUGGCACCAAAAGUCGUUACUGCGACGGACGAGGCAGAAUUAGCGCGACAGAUGGAACGAGCGGAACUUGAAAAUGCAGAGGUUGAUGGUGAUGAUGAAGAAGAGGUAGAAGGAUUAGAAGGUGAUUUUAGUGGUGGUGAAGGAGCCGAACAAAACAGCAAAAAUAUCGAACAGAAUGGCAAAGCUAUAGACGAGAAUGAUAAAGAAGAUAUAUCCGAGGAAGAUAAUUAAAAAAGAUAUAUACAUAUAUAUAUAUAUGGAAAUAAAGUAUUCUCGAUUAACUAACAAACAUUUAUAUGUUUUUCUAAUUGAAAUUAGAAUUUAAUAAAUUUUCUAUUGUCUUUUUGUUGGAUAUAUCAGAACAAUGUUUUAAUAAAUAUGAAAAUAAAAGA